GGUCCUUCAGCCUCGUUCCCGGGCACUAUAAAGUUUGCUGUCUCCUUUGUUCGCCCUCGUUGCGCAGCAGUGGUGGCGGUUUAUGUGUUUGGUCUUCGGAUCCGUCCGCAGUCACUCGUGCUGAGCCGCUAGGAAGUGCCUGUCAGGGAGCUUGUAGGAGCUUGAGACGGUCGUCAUCCCUCCGAUUUUCACCGGGGAAAAAUGGUUGAAGCAGAUCGCCCAGGAAAGCUCUUCAUUGGUGGGCUUAAUACAGAAACAAACGAGAAAGCCCUUGAAGCUGUAUUUGGAAAAUAUGGACGAAUAGUGGAAGUACUCUUGAUGAAAGACCGUGAAACGAACAAAUCGAGAGGAUUUGCUUUUGUCACUUUUGAAAGCCCAGCAGAUGCUAAAGAUGCAGCCAGAGACAUGAAUGGAAAGUCCUUAGAUGGAAAAGCCAUCAAGGUGGAACAAGCCACCAAACCAUCAUUUGAAAGUGGUAGACGUGGACCACCUCCCCCUCCAAGAAGCAGAGGCCCUCCGAGAGGUCUUAGAGGUGGAAGAGGAGGAAGUGGAGGAACCAGGGGACCUCCCUCACGUGGAGGGCACAUGGAUGAUGGUGGAUAUUCAAUGAAUUUUAACAUGAGUUCUUCCAGGGGACCACUCCCAGUAAAAAGAGGACCACCACCGCGAAGUGGGGGUCCUCCUCCUAAAAGAUCUGCCCCAUCAGGACCAGUUCGCAGCAGCAGUGGAAUGGGAGGAAGAGCCCCUGUGUCACGUGGAAGAGAUAGUUAUGGAGGCCCACCUCGAAGGGAACCCCUGCCCUCUCGUAGAGAUGUUUAUUUGUCUCCAAGAGAUGAUGGAUAUUCUACAAAAGACAGCUAUUCAAGCAGAGAUUACCCAAGUUCUCGUGAUACCAGAGAUUAUGCACCACCACCAAGAGAUUAUACUUACCGUGAUUAUGGUCAUUCCAGUUCACGUGAUGACUAUCCAUCAAGAGGCUAUAGUGAUAGAGAUGGAUAUGGUCGUGAUCGUGACUAUUCAGAUCAUCCAAGUGGCGGUUCCUACAGAGAUUCAUAUGAGAGUUAUGGUAACUCACGUAGUGCUCCACCUACACGAGGGCCCCCGCCAUCUUAUGGUGGAAGCAGUCGCUAUGAUGAUUACAGCAGCUCACGUGACGGAUAUGGUGGAAGUCGAGACAGUUACUCAAGCAGCCGAAGUGAUCUCUACUCAAGUGGUCGUGAUCGGGUUGGCAGACAAGAAAGAGGGCUUCCCCCUUCUAUGGAAAGGGGGUACCCUCCUCCACGUGAUUCCUACAGCAGUUCAAGCCGCGGAGCACCAAGAGGUGGUGGCCGUGGAGGAAGCCGAUCUGAUAGAGGGGGAGGCAGAAGCAGAUACUAGAAACAAACAAAACUUUGGACCAAAAUCCCUGUUCAAAGAAACAAACAAACAGUGGAAACUAUUCUGUCAUAACUACCCAAGGACUACUAAAAGGAAAAAUUGUGUUACCUUUUAAAAAUUUCCUGUUAAGUUCCCCUUCAAUAAUUUUUAUGUUCUUGUGAGGAAAAAAGAUGUUUAAUUUUAUUUGAUUUUAUGACAUUGCUUUCAACAAGCAAAUGUUAAAUGUGUAAGACUUGACUUGAUGUACUAGUGUUGUAAUUUUCCAACUUGAAAGUGUCCCUAAAGGCCACUUCCUAUCUGAUUUUUCCCAAUAAUGAGGCAAGCACUUCUAAGAUCUUCCACAAACAUCUAGCCAUCUAAAAUGGAGAGAUGAAACAUUCUGCCUAUAUACAAACAAGCUAGCUAUUAGAGGGUGGUUGGGGUAUGCUACUCUUAGGAUUUCAGGGUGUCUUCAAACUGAAAUCUCAAUGUUCUCAGUAUGAAAAACCUGAGAUCAGAUGCCUAUGUAAGGAAAGUACUUUUCACCCAGUAAACCCAAAAAAGCAAAUGGAUAAUGCUGGCCAUAUUUUGUCUCUCUGACAUUUCCUUGGGAAUCUGCAAGAACCUCCCCUUUCCCCUCCCCCAAUAAGACCAUUUAAGUGUGUGUUAAACAACUACAGAAUACUAAAUAAAAAGUUUGGCCAAAACCAACCAUGAAGCUGCAAA